AUGGCCGCAGUUGACGAUGCCACUGGUUUGGAGGCUGCGCGCAAGCAGAAGAUCCACAACCUGAAGCUGAAGACAGCCUGUUUGGAGAAUGAGGAACUUGUACAGGAAUUGCAUGUAUCUGACUGGAGCGAGACACAGAGGCAGAAGCUGCGCGGCGCCCACCUGAAGGCUGAGGAGCUGGUUGCCGCUGUGGACGUCGGUACGAAAUGGAACCUAACGGAGGUAUACGACCUCGCAAAGCUGAUGCGCGUGUGUGGACUCGAGAUGAGCCAACGCGAGCUUUACCGCCCUGAGGACAAGGCACAAUUCAUGGACAUUAUUGCCAUGAAAAAGGUGCUUCAGGACCUGCGUCAGAACCGCAACAAGACGCGUGUUGUGAGCUUCACGCAGAUGAUCGACAACGCCAUCGCGAAGGUUGAAAAGGUUGAGGAGGAGCUUCGCCGCUCGCAGCUGGAUGCAACGCAGUUGGCGCAGGUCCCCACACAGACAUUGAAGCAAGUGGAGGAUAUCAUGAACGUAACGCAAAUCCAGAAUGCGCUUGCCUCAACUGACGACCAGAUCAAGACGCAGUUGGCGCAGCUUGAAAAAACGAACGAGAUCCAGAACGUUGCGAUGCAUGAUGGUGAGAUGCAGGUCGCCGAGGAGCAAAUGUGGACGAAGGUACAGCUUCAGGAGCGCUUAAUCGAUCUGAUUCAGGACAAAUUCCGCUUGAUCAGCAAAUGUGAGGAGGAGAACCAGGCCUUCAGCAAAAUCCAUGAGGUGCAGAAACAGGCGAAUCAGGAAACGAGUCAGAUGAAGGAUGCGAAGCGUCGCCUGAAGCAGCGGUGUGAGACAGAUCUGAAGCACAUCCACGACGCGAUCCAGAAGGCUGACCUUGAGGAUGCCGAGGCGACGAAGCGCCACGCUGCGAACAAAGAGAAAAGCGACCGCUACAUCCGAGAGAACGAGGAUAGGCAGGAGGAGACGUGGAACAAGAUCCAGGACCUUGAGCGGCAGUUGCAGAAGCUUGGCACGGAGCGAUUCGAUGAGGUCAAGCGGCGGAUUGAGGAGAUUGACCGCGAGGAGAAGCGACGUGUGGAGUACUCUCAAUUCCUGGAGGUUGCCUCGCAGCACAAGAAACUGCUCGAGCUGACAGUGUACAACUGCGACCUCGCGAUCCGCUGUACCGGGCUGGUGGAGGAGCUGGUGUCGGAGGGCUGUGCCGCGGUGAAGGCCCGCCACGACAAAACGAGCCAGGAUCUUGCAGCCCUUCGUUUGGAUGUUCAUAAAGAGCACUUGGAGUACUUCCGCAUGCUGUACCUCACGUUGGGUUCUCUUAUCUACAAGAAAGAGAAGCGGAUGGAGGAGAUUGACCGGAACAUCCGUACAACGCACAUCCAGUUGGAGUUCUGUGUGGAAACAUUCGACCCGAAUGCGAAGAAGCACGCCGACAUGAAGAAAGAGCUAUACAGGCUGCGCCAGGGCGUAGAGGAGGAGCUGGCGAUGCUGAAAGAGAAGCAGGCGAAGGCGUUGGAGGAGUUCAAGGAGUCAGAGGAGGCUCUGGACGCUGCUGGCAUCGAGUUCAACCACCCUGUGGACGAGAACAACGAGGAGGUGCUUACACGCCGCAGCAAGAUGGUGGAGUACCGCUCGCACCUGACGAAGCAGGAGGAGGUGAAGAUUGCCGCCGAACGCGAGGAAAUCAAGAGGGCGCGCUUACUGCGCAGCUCUGGUGCCGGUGGCGAGCAGGUCCGCAUCGGAAACAACACUGCACCGGCACGCCUCGAAUAG